AUGACGACGUCGGUAUCUGGCAAAGGCACCAAGACGGUGUUCACCCUGAAUACCGGGGACAAAAUGCCUGGAGUUGGGUUGGGCACCUGGCAAUCUAAGCCCAAUGAGGUCCGUGAAGCAGUCAAGAACGCUCUCCUCACCGGCUACCGUCACAUUGAUACCGCUCUCGCGUAUGGUAAUGAAGCAGAGGUUGGCCAGGGAAUCAAGGACUCUGGCGUUCCUCGCAGCGAAAUCUGGAUCACAACUAAACUCGACAACCCAUGGCACAAACGAGUCCCCCAAGGCCUCGAAUCGUCUUUGAGAGACCUUCAAGUCGAUUACAUCGACCUGUAUCUUAUGCACUGGCCCAGCUCUACCACUCCUGAAGAUUUGAAGAAGCAUUACGAUGACUGGACCUUCAUCGACACCUGGCGCGAGAUGCAAAAACUCGUCGGGACCGGCAAAGUUCGAAACAUCGGCGUUUCCAACUUCGUCAUCUCCAACCUCGAGAAGCUCCUGAAUGACCCUUCGUGUAAGAUCGUCCCUGCGGUCAACCAAAUCGAACUUCAUCCCAACAUGCCCUCACCUAAGACAUUGGCAUAUUGUCAAGAGAAGGGGAUUCACUGCACUGCGUACUCCUGCUUGGGUUCCACCGACUCACCCCUCGCCCACGAUAAAACUUUGGGUAAAAUCGCCAAAGCCCAUGGGAAAACUCCUCAACAAGUGCUCCUACAAUGGGGCCUGCAACGAGGUACGAGCGUGAUCCCGAAGUCAGUCACCAAGUCUCGGAUCGAGGCGAACUUCCAACUUGACGGCUGGGAGUUGACUCCGGAAGAGAUGGAAGAGCUGAGCAGCAUCAAGGAUCGAUUCAAGGUUUGUGACGAUGCUUGGCUACCUGUCCGAGUCUUCUUCAACGAAGAGGGAGAUGGAGGUGAUGUUCCUUCCCACUAG